AUGCUAGAGAGCCAAUUAACAAGUAAUUUCUUACGCGAUGUAGUGGUAUUACGUAAAACUCCUGAAAAUUCAAUUGUUCAGGUACUAAGUCUUAAGAAAACACAUCAAAAAGGUGAUCCUAACGCAAUUUCAUAUAAACUAUCAAUAAAUGAUGGUACCUGUUCAUACAAUGCAUUUCUACAUAGUCAUUUUAACAAAUAUAUUGAUUCAGGACGACUCAAACAAUUUACAAUUAUAAAAAUUACAAAAUACACAUCAAAAAUCUUUGGUUUACAUCAUUCUUUUAUCAUAUUAGGUUUUGAAAUUCUUGAUAGUCAAAUAGAUCAUAUCAUUGGUGAUCCAAAACAAAUAAGUUCUCAACCAGAAAAUCAAAGAUUAUCAGAAUCACAACCAUGUGUUCCUGAAGUAUUCCAUUUACUAACAGACUUAUCACCAUAUAUAUUAAACUGGUCAAUAAAGGCUAGAGUCACAAGAAAAUCACCAAUUAAAACAUUUAGAGCUGUAAAUGGUCAAAGAAGAUCAUUUUCAGUAGUUCUCAAAGAUACUACAGGUACAGAGAUUGAAGCAGUAUUUUAUGAUGGAGAUUUAGAGAGAUUUUAUGAUUUAUUAGUCUUGGAAAACGUUUAUUGCUUUUCUAACGGAAUUGUUGUUCAGAACUCAAACAAAUAUGGAUAUACUGCCAAUGACUAUACAAUUAAGUUCGGAUCAAGAGCGAAAAUCAUAGAAGUCCCUGAUCUUGGAGAUAUCGGCUUUCUUUCUUAUAAUUAUAUGAAAUUGGCAGAUAUCGUAGUUCACAAGCCAAAAAUUGUUGACUUCCUUGGUGUUGUUACUCAAAUUUACCCUGUAGAAAAAAUUGAUUCAAAAUAUCGUACAAAUAUCUCAAAAAGAAGCGUAGAACUAUGCGAUCAGUCGAAUUUGUUGAUAGAUCUGACUUUGUGGGACGAUCAAGCUGAUAAUUUUCCAGAAAAUGGAAAAUUCGUAUUAUCUUUGAAAGGAGCAAGAAUUAGUACUUACCGUGGGGUAUCAUUAACAGCCUUAUCAACAACUCUUAUUGAUACUAACCCGAGUGGCGAAAUGCCAGAUAAUUUGCGAAAAUGGUUUGAAAAUGCGAAAUCUUCAGUCAUGGAUAUGGAGAAAGUGUCUAGAUCUGGAACCUUCGCCAGUCCUUUGCUCGAUCUGAAAGAAGCAAGCCAAGUUUACGAUUCCUUCAAAGGAGAAAGUUUUUACCACUCAUUUUGUGGUAUGGUUAUUGAUAUCUCGGUUAUACGUAAACUUUAUUACUGUGCUUGUCCGAACCCUCAUUGCAGAGGAAAAGGCCUUUAUUCUCCAGAACCAGACUUAUAUCUUUGUGAGAGGUGUCACCAAAGGGUUGAACAUCCAAGACAUAGAUAUGCUUUUUCUAUGGUAAUUGCCGAUCACACAGGAUCAAUAAGAGUCUCUCUUUUAGGAAAUGAUAUUUUAGGCGAGAAAAUUAUUGGAAGGAAAAUUGAUGACUGGGUUCAAGAAACGAAAGAUUUGACUGAUAUUCAAAUAAGAACUCUAUUAUGUCCAGUCUUCUUUAAUUUUUUCAAAUUAAAAUUAAGAACUAAAUUGGACACAUUUAAUGCUGAAACUCGUGUUAAAACAUCUGUUUUCCAAGGAGAUCGACUUAGUUUUGGUGAUGCUGCUCUCCAAAUUGCCAAUAUUAUCAAUUCAAAAUUUGUUUAA